CAGCAAUGGAUUCAGAUCAUCGUCUCAAAGCCUAUCGCUUCGUUGCCUAUUCGGCUGUAACCUUCUCGGUAGUUGCAGUACUCUCAGUAUGCAUCACACUUCCGUUGGUCUACAACUACGUGAGCCAUGUGAAGCAUUCGGUGAAGAGCGAAAUCCGAUUCUGCAAGAGUUCUGCCAAUGACAUCUGGGGUGAGGUGACGCAUUUGAAGGGACUCCCCACAGGAAACAGAACUGCUCGUCAAGCUGGUUAUGACGAAGCUGUAGGAGGUGGUGGAGGCGGUCAAGGC